AUGUAUCCAAUUAUUGGUAGCAAGAUAGCUAAAGGGUUAAUUGGUACUAACCUUCGUCAACUCAAUGUAUUGGGGGCAAGAACCCCAACAAGAUUUGUUAGUAAUGUUACUACUCUCAAUUUUUUCCAGAAAGAAAGAUUACCUUCUAACACUGUAGUUAGAUUUGUUCCUCAGCAAACUGCUUGGAUAGUUGAAAGAAUGGGGAAAUUUCAUAGAAUUUUGAAACCUGGUUUGGCUGUAUUGAUACCUUUUAUUGAUAAGAUUACUUAUGUUCAAUCAUUAAAAGAAUCAGCCAUUGAAAUUCCUUCCCAAAAUGCCAUUACUGCCGAUAAUGUUAGCUUGGAAUUAGAUGGGAUCUUAUAUAUUAAAGUUAUUGAUGCCUACAAAGCCAGUUAUGGUGUAGAAGAUUUUAAAUUUGCCAUAAGUCAAUUAGCUCAAACCACCAUGAGAUCCGAGAUCGGUUCCAUGACCUUAGAUUCUGUUUUAAAGGAAAGGCAAUUAUUAAACAUCAAUAUCAAUAAGGCUAUUAACGAAGCUGCUAAUGAGCAUUGGGGGGUCGAAUGUCUUAGAUACGAAAUAAGAGAUAUUCAUCCACCUUCAAAUGUCUUAGAAGCUAUGCACAGACAAGUUUCUGCUGAAAGAUCUAAAAGAGCAGAAAUCUUAGAAAGUGAAGGUAACAGGCAAUCCAAAAUUAAUAUCGCUGAAGGGGAAAAACAAUCAUUGAUUUUGAAAUCAGAAGCUUUGAAACAAGAACAAAUUAACAAAGCUAAUGCUGAAUACCAAGCUAUGAUUUUAAAAGCUGAAGCAAUGUCAAAGACCUUAGAAUUGAUCAGUAAUUCAAUCAAGAAUAACGAUAACUCUAAAGAUGUUAUUAACUUACAAAUCGCUCAAGAUUACAUCAAAGAAUUCGGAAAAUUGGCAAAAGAAACCAAUACUUUGAUUUUACCUAGUGAUAUUGGAAACUUAUCUAAUUUCAUGGCUAGUGGAGUUAAGAUCUUUGAUGAAUUAUCAAAAAAGAAAUAA